UAGGGCUUUAGCGCCUUUGCUGGUAAUGGAAGGUAGAGCAGCAUGGGCAGGGGAGGAACCAGCGGCAGCGCUGGCCAAGGCGCUGGUUAGAUCCUCGAGGCAGCAGCAAGAUCGUGCGCUCUGGUGGCUGCUGUGGCGUGAAUUCCACAUCCUGGCUGGUUGAAUCGGCGAUUCCCGCGAGUGAAGAUCUAGAGCGAUAUUAUGGGUGUUCUUCCGAGCGAGGAACUUGUAGUGAUCCAUCCUGCAGAUCCGACUGUGAUAACAGUGAAUUGCCCCGACAAGAGAGGCCUCGGCUGCGAUCUAACGAGGAUUAUCUUUGAAUUUGGCCUGAGUCUCGUCCGUGGAGAUGUCCAAACCGAUGGACGGUGGUGCUUGCUGGUGUUCUGGGCGGUGCCAAGAAUCACCACCGCGAAGCCCAUCCAAUGGGGACUGCUAAGAAAACGAAUGAUAGCAGCGUGCCCGCCCGAGAACCAGGUUUUCGUGCCGGUUGAUCCGGAUUUCGUGACGAGUCCUCUCAAGCUAUUUCUUCUCCAAGUUUACUCGGCAGAUCGAGCGGGACUUCUUCAUGACAUGUCCAGGAUCUUGUGGGAACUGGAGCUCACUGUUCACAAGGUCAAGGCUUCUACGUGUCCAGAUGGAAAGGUCAUCGACUUCUUUAUAAUCUCUGACAAUAAGUUGCUACUUCCAUCGAGGGAACGGACACUAGAAGUUUGUGAACGCAUAAAGAACUUGAUGGGAGGCUUGCAGUCGAAAUGUGAACUGAAGGAAGCGGGGCCGGAAUAUGGAGGUUUGAUGUGCACUCCCGCAUUAAAUCUGCCGCCUUCGGUGUCGGAGCUACUGUCCUCCGGUGUGAAUUCCCAGCAAAACGGUGACACUCCCAGAGUCACUAUCGACGACCUUCUAAGUCCGGCGCACACACUCCUGCAGAUAUCUUGCAGAGACAGAAAGGGCUUGCUUUACGACUGCUUAAGAGUUCUUAAGGACUUCAACUAUCAGGUUGCUUACGGUCGUUUGUCGAUGUCUACUAUCGACAAAGGGAGAGGCGAGAUCGAUCUUUUCAUAACUCAAGCUGAUGGAAGAAAGCUCGUGGAUCCGGAGAAGCAAAAAGCUUUGUGUGAGCGGGUUGUAAGAGACGUGGCUAAUCCUCUCUGGGUGACGGUAUUGCCUCGAGGACCAGACUCGGAGCUCUUCGUAGCCACACCGAUCGAGCUCAGCGGAAAAGGCCGUCCUCGGGUUCUAUACGACGUAACUCUGGCAUUGAAAAUGCUCGACGUCUGUAUUUUCCAGGCUGACAUUGGUCGCCACACCAUCGGUGACAUGCAAUGGGAGAUCUACCGUGUCUUGCUCAUUGACUCGGGUGACCUCUCCCAGCGAAUGCACGAACUCAUUGGCGAGCGAGUGAGAAAUGUUUUAAUGGGAUAGAGACAAAAAGAGGCUGGGGAGUGUGUGGCAACCAUAACUUCACGAUUUAAAUCAAUCUGUACAGAAAAACACAUGGAAAAACCACAAUUAUAUAAGAAACCACCAUUAUAUAAGAAAUGUUUUAAAUACCAUGGUAAUUUUUCUAAA